ACCUCUCCCUAACAGACAUGUUUUAAAAACCUUGAGGGUCAGUCUGAAAGAGAAAGCCCAAAGAGGACAAUAUCUAUUAGCGGUGGGCUUGAGCCGUUACAAGACCUGUUUGACUUGAAUGACUGCCUCGAGAUUUCAGGGAGAGAGAGAGACUAAGUUUGGUUUGGUUUGGCUUACUUUUUAGAAACUAAAGUUUGAGGUGCGUGAAAAGAAAUGGUAAAUUAGUAUUAAAAGAAGUGGGGUUAACAAAGUGAAUGAAGCAAGCAAGCAGAAACGGUGCAACAAUCCAAGUGGAAGGAAAGUGGAAAGAAAAAGAAAGGAGAAAAGGUGGAAAAUGAACAGAAAAGAGAGAGCGAAGCAUAUGUAUGUAUGAAUAAGUGGAAGGGCAGUGGGAUAUAGUCUGAAGCAGCUCUGCUGUGGGGUAAAUCAACAGAAAAGGUAAAAAGGUGUACAUAUUUCUUCAGCUGCAGCCGUUUAGCUUCAAACUCCAACUCUUUUACUCUUUUAAAUUUCCUUUCCUUUACUUUUCUUUCCUUUUGUUUUAUUAUUUUAUGGAUUUCCGUAGAGAUGUCAGAGACAAGGGCUGGCAUGCAGGCAGGCAGGCAGGCAGGCAGGCAGAACCAGAAGAUGCACAGAGUUGCAGUCAUAAUAUGAACACACACAGAGCUAGAGAGAGAGGCAAUGAGCGGAGGAAGAAACAGGUUUCCAUUCACUGCAGCUCAGUGGCAAGAGCUGGAGCACCAAGCCCUCAUCUUCAAGUACAUGGCCUCCGGCAUCCCUCUCCCUCCCCAUCUCCUCUUCACCAUUAACACAACCUCUUUCCACUCUCCUUUCAUUUCCACCCUCUUUCCCCACCAAUAUGCCCACGUUGGAUGGAACUACUUGCAAAUGGGUUCCGGGAGGAAAAUCGACCCUGAGCCUGGAAGGUGCAGAAGAACAGACGGCAAAAAAUGGCGAUGCUCCAAAGAGGCAUUCCCGGAUUCUAAGUACUGUGAGAGACAUAUGCACCGAGGUAAAAACCGUUCAAGAAAGCCUGUGGAAGUUUUGAAAACAACAACUCAUUCCCCGGCCAUUUCUUCCAUCACCCACAACUCCACUCUCCCCUCUGAAACUCAUCCCCAACACCUCCACCCUUUUCUCUACCAACAUGGCUGUUCUUCUACGCCCCAAAACUCCAUCACUUCCUUGCUUCUUGACCCAGAUUACAGAAACAGGUAUGGUUAUGGGGUGAAGGAAGAUGUCGUUGAUGAGCAUCCCUUGCAGUCAGAAGAACGCUGUGGGAACAUUAGAGGCUUCUCUGCUUCGAAUAUGGAAGAUUCCUGGCAGCUGAGUCCUCUAACAAUGAGCUGCUCUUCCUCAUCCUUCAGACACAAGAACUGCUCGCCUUUACAAGGUAGUGACUAUUCGUACAAGGAACCAGAGAAGAGUAUGCAUCACUUCCUUGAUGAAUGGUCUCCAAAAGACACAGAAUCGUGGGUUGAUUUGAAUACAACUCGGCUUUCAAUCUCUAUUCCUAACUCGUCGCAGCAUGAGUUCAGUUCCAACAACAAGCAUUACCAAAAUCCAUGACCCACCCAGCUGCUUCCAAAUUACAAAUAAGUUAGUUUGUUUGUUUAUUUGAUUUUCUUUGACGACCCACCCAACUGGGGGUUCUGAUUGAUGUGUCCAAAAAUGUACUUGGAUUGACAGAGAAAUGGUACUGUUCCCAUGAGGUGGAUUUGUUUGGAUGUGUGUGGAAGUUGAACACAACAGUGGUGGUGCAGGCUUGUUCCAUAACAAGGAUCCAAGUAUGCGCGCUUCGAUUGCUGUGUUCCCAUCCUCUUCACUGUGUAAAUAGUUAGGCCAUUAAUGCCUAAGGUAAGCAGCAGCAAGCCUCCUGGCAUCUGUCUGUGUUCUGUGUUCUGAGCUUCGUUCAAGCUUCUAUGUCUGUUGUCUUGUAAUGAUCAUAAUAAUAACAUUAAUCUUAAUGGGAGAGGACCCCAAUGGACCACCGCUCUACUGUUGUAAA